AUGAAGAAAGCAAAUGCCGUUUCCCUUGUCUCUUGUUUCCCUGUUUUUCUUUCCUUUGUUGCUGCCUCGAACGACGAAGUCUUUCACGAAAAUAUUCGCGGUCUGGCGCAGGAAGGGGCAGCCUUUCUAGGCGAGUGUGUGCGACGACUUAAACGCGGUCUUCCUCGAAGUCUGCAUGUCAUGUGCUCGUGUGGGAGGACCCUCCCGCUCGUCGAGCGUCGGUCUCUCAGUUCGCCAAUCGUAGUCACCGCCUUUGAAACGAGUCCGGCGGCGUCGUCGUUCUGUGUUGUGGUCAGAGUCGCGCGCAAUGGUUAG